AGCGCUCUCUGCCCUCCCGCUCCCAAUUCCCCAGCUCCAGCCGCCGAAUCCUAGGCGAGGCGGCGGCCGGCGGCGUGGCCAGGCCCCCGGCAGCCUGCGGCGAGCGAACGAGCGGCCCGAAGCGGCGCCGCUCGUGGCGCCAUGUCCUUCCUGGAAUCCGGUCGCGGCUGCCUCCUCCGAGAGCUCUCCAGGAGGUCCCUGCCGUGGCCUCAGCGGCAAGGACUCUACGCCGCGUUUGUCCGGCGGUACAGUGCGCAUCACCUCCCUCUCCACGGAGUAGAGGACGAAGCGGAGCAAGCCAUUGAACCGCGGCCUUCGCUGCCAGUGUCUCUGGCAAAGAGCCUGGCCUCUCUUGCGGAGGAGUCAGCCAAGGCCUUCCAGAGGCAGAGGAAGCCGCUCACGCGGAUGGAGCGAAAGCGGUUAGCCGAGCUCCGCAUCAAGAAGAGGGUCAAGGCGCAGUACCUGAACGGCAAGUUCUACGACCUCAUGGGUAAGGUUGUGGCAAGUGCCGAGACACUGGAGGAUGCGUACGAUGUUGUCCGGCUCAAUUCGAACGUUGAUCUAACGUCUGCAAAAGAUGAUGUCUGCUUUGUCACGCUGGCAGAGCAUCUGAGGAGUGGUGAGUUUGAUGUCAGAGCAAAUGCUUUCUCAGUGGUGGCGAAGAGAAGAGGAGAAGGGUGCCUUGUUCUUCCUAGGCUGAACUUGAAAGUGGUUCAGGAAGCGAUAAGGGUAGUCCUUGAGGUUGUCUACAGGCCUCAAUUCUCAAAGAUAUCACAUGGUUGCCGCAGUGGGCGAGGGUAUCACUCAGCCCUCAGGUUUGUAUCGGAUGAAAUCGGGGUUCCAGAUUGGUGCUUUACUGUCCCACUGCACAAAGAGGUUGAUAGCAAUGUAAACUCUAAGCUUAUUUAUCUGAUACAGGAGAAGAUCGAGGACACCCAGUUAGUUGCAUUCAUGCAAAAAAUGUUUGAUGCCAAGGUUAUCAAUUUGAUAUUUGGUGGAUACCCAAAGGGCCAUGGGCUGCCCCAAGAAGGAGUACUUGCACCAAUCCUGAUGAACAUAUAUCUUGACAGUUUUGACCAUGAGGUGUUUAAGAUUUGCUUGAAACAUGAAGGCCUUGGUUCAGAGGCAACAAAUGUUUCAGACGACCAUGGGUCAAAUUUGCGUCGCUGGUUUCGGAGUCAACUUAAGGGGAAAGAUGAAAAUAGUGAAGAUCAAACAGAUUGUCAGACAAAGAUAAAACUAUAUGCUUGUAGGUAUAUGGAUGAGAUUUUUGUUGCAGUUUCUGGAUCCAGAGAUGUUGCAGAAGAUAUGAAAUCUGAAAUUGGCUUAAGAAAAUCACUUUAUUUGGAAGUUGAUGAUAGGUUGCGUCUUAUGCCAGUCAAAAGGAAUAUGCAGGGGUUACAGUUUUGUGGUGUUUUUGUCAGGGUGGAAACAAAGGAGAAUGCUAAACUGAAAGCUGUGCAUAAGCUUAAGGAGAAGAUUGGUUUGUUUGCUUCUCAGAAGCAAGAGAUUUGGGAUGCUAUGAAUCUUAGAGUAGGAAAGAAGUGGUUGGCAUAUGGUUUGAGAAGAAUAAAAGAGAGUGAGAUCAAACCACUUGGCCUUAGCACCCCUUUGCUGGAUCACAUUGCAAAAUUUAGGAAAGAUGGAAUGAAGACAGAUCACUGGUUCAAAACUUUACUGAAGGUAUGGAUGCAGGAUGUCAAUGCCAAAAAUGAGCUAAAUGAGGAUGUUCUCCUAUCUAAAUAUAUUGCUGAACCAGCACUUGCGCAAGACCUUAGGGAUGCAUUCUACAACUUUCAGAAGCAAGCUAAAGAUUACAUCUCAUCAGAAACUGCUGCUACGGAAGCAUUGUUGUCCAAUUUGAAGAGGGCGGAAUCAAUUAGUACCUUCACUGACGGUGGUAUCAUUAAAAUUCAUGCUCCUCUUAGCUAUAUUCAGAAGUGCCUUCAUCGAUAUGGUCUAAUUAAUCUCGAAGGUUUCCCUAGGCAUGUGUCGGCCCUUGUCUUGCAAGAUGAUGAGUUAAUAGUAAGUUGGUUUGCAGGAAUAAUCCAUCGUUGGAUAAGAUGGUUUUCUGGGGUUGACAAUUUUAAAGAACUUCAGCUUAUGUUUGUUGAAAGUGUCAGAAAAUCCUGCAUCAGGACACUAUCUGCAAAGUAUCGGAUGUAUGAAAAAUUGACAGAAAAGCGGUUUGAACUUGAUGAUCAUGGCAUUCCAAUGGUUGAGGAUUUUGAGGCAACAAUUAAACCUUUGGAAUCUAGUUACUCUUUUGCUUCCACUGAUGAAGCUUUGAUGUAUGGCAUUUCUAAUAGUGGUUUAUUUGUGUUAACACUGUCAAGAGUUAGAGUCCCUACUCGACAAUUCAACUGCUUUGUCAUGGGCUGCCAAUCUGCAUCACCAAGUAUGUAUGUGCUUCAUGUGAAGGAGAAACAACGGUUUCCUGGAUGGAGGACAGGUUUCUCGUCAUCGAUUCAUGGGAGUUUGGAUGGUAGACGAAUUGGAUUGUGCACCCAACAUGUUAAAGAUCUAUAUUUGGGACACAUCUCCCUUCAAUCAGUUGAUUUUGGUUCCCUGGUUGAUGACUCGAAGAUGAUACCUGUGGUUUUCUGAUAGUUGAAGGCUUUCUACUGACUCACAGAAUAGUAGGUUCAGUGCUUAUAAAUCCAUAAAUGGUUGUAGCUAACCAUAGUACUCAUUUUGUGAGAGAUAGCUUAAGUGGUAUGUUUGUGGACUUCAAACUGAAAAUGAGCCUACAUUUUGGCUUCCUUUUGUGAGUGGUUCAGACCUACAAAGUUCAAGUUUAGUGGGCAGUUCUCCAAUGUUAUGAAAUGCACUUGGCACUAGGUGAACCAUGGGGUGGCGCCUAAGCACUCCGUAAGUAGGCUGGAUGGUGAUUAGGUGCUAGACGAGUAGAUGUAUUCUAAGUUAGAUGGUUGUUGAACCUUGAUUUAAUCAUAGUAUUUCUAAAAUUUGUGCAAAUUUGUUGCACUUAUUUUAGGAAAAAGAGUUUGAUUCUUUUAACUCACCUCUCUCAAAGCAAAAAGAAAUGGAUGUAGUGUAUUCAUGUGUAGUGGAAUGCAAGUUUGCUUUGAGCCCUUCUGGUGCUU